AGGAUGCAAAUGACAACAUUUUUCCAGUAGCCAUGGCUGUUGUGGAACAAGAAACCAAGGAGUCUUGGAUAUGGUUUUUGGAAAUUUUUGCUGAUGAUAUAGGGAGGCCAGAGGAGUUUCAGUUGGUCUUCAUUUCUGAUAGGCAAAAGGGGCUUAUACCUGCAAUAGAGACACUAUUCCCUACCGUGGAGCAUAGAUACUGUGUGAAACACAUCUACAACAAUUUCAAAGUUGAUCACAAGGGAUUGGAGCUGAAGGAUGCAUUGUGGAGGUGUGCUGCUGCCACAACAGUAAGGGAGUUUGAGAGAUGCAUGCAGUACAUAAGGGAUUUGGAUGAAAAGGCAUAUGAGUAUCUUGUAAACAUUGCACUUGCACAGUGGACAAGGUCACGCUUCACUCCUAGGGCCUUAACAGAUUGUUUGGGACAAGCCUAUCUUGGCAAUGUUGGAGUGGAUUAG